AUGAGUGGCAAGACACGGGUAUACGGGGGUCGCGGACGGACGAUUGUCGAGGUCGAUUCUCUGCUCGACGAACUGGCCUUACAUUGCAAGUACAGUCAGCUGGGACCCCAAGAGGAGGGCCCGCGUUCACAGUCGGAGAUUCUCCGAGACCUCUAUCAACUCGCGACUCCAGACGAGGCAGCCAUUGUGACCCAACUCAUUCUCCGUGACCUGCGCCCAAUUGUGGAACCUUUAGGGACCAUUCAUACGACAAUUAACCUCUCUGCAAAGUCCCACGAAAUAAGACGAUUGUCCCUCGUACAGGCGUUGAAGGUCUUGGAUCCUCGCUUGCUUGAGCUUCAUCGUGUGCACUCGACACUCGGACAGGCGUUUGCUGCGUUAGAGAGCAAUGGGUUGAAUAGGUUUAUUCCCACUGUUGGCGUGCCGGUGCAGAUUCCCAAAUGCUAUAAAGGCCGUUCGUGUGCAGAUGCUCUCAAUCAAUUGCAGUCCGCUACUCGUGUCUAUUGUGAGACAAAAUAUGAUGGAGAGAGGAUGCAAAUUCAUAUAGACCUAUCUCUUCCAAGUGUGCAACAGAUCAUUAUCUUUAGUAAAAGUGACCGCAAUUCCACAAUGGAUCGUUAUGCAACUCUUGAAAUCAUACGAGCUAGCCUGAGCAUAUCUCAGCGGGGCUGCAAGCAACCUUAUUUGCAGCAAAGGCUUUCAAGUGAAGCAGAGGGUCGCAGCUUCAACCAAACUCUCAUCCUCGAAGCUGAGAUGGUGGCGUUCUCAGAGCGUACAAGUUGCAUCGACGAGUUUUGGCGAAUACGUGACUUGAUCGCCGAAACGGCAAAAAGCGUCAGACGAAAACCAAAGUCUCGAGUUCUAAACGCUCACAAGGUCGAGAAUCAUGGGAGUCCUGACGAUGGCGAUAAGACUGUAGGCGUCGCUGGUUCCAUUUCACCUCUGUGUGGCCAUUCUCUUGAAUCAAACGGGACAGAUGAAGGGAAACGACACUUUAUGCUCAUCUUCUUCGAUGUGCUCUUUAUGGAUGGUCAAAGUCUUCUCCAAGACACGUACGACACGAGACGGGAGACCCUUGAGGGGUUGAUCACUGAGAUUGAGGGAUUUAACGGCGAUAUCCAUGCAAAAGGGGACCCGUGUCGCACGUUAGAAUCCAUCCUCAGUACCAGUGCCUCCAAAUUCGAAGAAGGCCUCGUCUUGAAAGCCGAUGUCUCCACGUACAACUCUCGUGUGCUGCCGUGGGUCAAGCUCAAACGCGACUAUAUCGCGGGUCUUGGAGACUGCAUUGACAUGGCUGUCAUCGGGGCUUCUUGGGAGAAGGAGCGUGCAAGGGAGCUUCGAGUUGGAACGGAUACUUUUACUACAUUCUACGUUGCGGCUUUGACCGAUCAAGGAAAACCAGGGAAGCCACAUCUCGAAUGUCUGUUCACGGCGUCUUAUGGCCUCUCCAAAGAGCAAUUAGAGGCACUCAAUUUUGAGAUCAAGCUGAAUACACCAGUUCCAUACAAUCUACGUGACAAAGUCGCCUACACUUUCCAGCUUUGCCCGGGAUUGAACCCGCCCUCUGUAAUCUUUCAAAAGCCGAUGCUCUUUGAGCUCUUUGGUGCCGGAUAUGACAAGCCUAAAGGCAGCAAGUACUAUGCCUUGCGAUGGCCAAGAGCGACCAAGUAUUUCUCAACCGAGGAGCGUCCAUGGACUGAAUGUGAGACGCUCCAAAGUUAUACCAAAAAGGCCUACGCUGCUGUUGGAAGGGAUUCCAGCGACAAGAUUGCCAAAGCUCAGGUCGCGAAAAUGUGGCAGGUCCCUCCUGAGGUUUCUCCGGAAGCGAGGGGAGUGAAGAAGCGAACGACCAUUGAACAAGACAUGCGCGGACGCCUCCGAGGAAAGAAACAGUUAGCGGCCAACGGGUCAAUUCCAGGACCUCAUCGUUCCAGCAGAGUUGCCUGUUCUCGUUCAGGAAUACGAAGAAGCUUGCCGCAUCUGGACCAACAUCCGGAUCCGCUCCAGCUCCUCGAACCAGGUGGUUAUCCUUCUGAUAGCAGCCAAUCUCCGCGGAAACGACGAAAGGUUGCAGCAAGGAGCAAUAGAAGUGACGAAGUGGGAUAUCUGGCUCCUUCCCAGCCUGAUUCAGAGCCGGAAGCCCACCUUCAAGCCGCAGAGAUGGAAGACGCUGAAGAAGUCGAUUGGUACUCCACAGUUGCGAUGGAUUCGCAAGCAACGUCAGUAGUGCCAACAUCUUCGCCCAACCUUUCGCCUGCAGCUCCCUGGCCUUACCUUGAACUCAUCCUCAUCGACGCAUUCAUCUUCUUCGACUGGCCAAUUUAUCCUCGUCCUGUUCGACUCCCAGGCGAGCCUUCCAGAAAGCUAGGAUUGGAUCCCUCGAGAGUGGUCAGUACAUUAGAAGCCCUCUUGGUAGCUAUCAAUGGAGCUACACGGUUAGCACAGAUGAGGAAGCCCAUCAAGCGAGGCAUCAUCUUCACAGAGAAUACUUGUGCACCCGCAUUGAUAUCCAGACUGGAAAGUUACCGUGAGCAGCUGGGUAACAUUCGUGAAUCUCCAGAAAUUUUGGUAAUCCCUAUGCCUUAUUUUGAUAUGUAUCGAUCCAGAGUCUCAGCCGGCCUGCUAAUCGUAGAUGUACUUUGGAGAUCUCAUCAAUAG